UGUUGCUCACACACACCCAGACUCCAGGCACACCCUACACAAAUGCUGAUUCCAAAGCUCAACUCUGCGAGAAGGAGGAAGAAAGCUGUUCGAUUUGGUAAAGCCACAGUGCCUGGAUUGGCCAGAAGUUGCACCCUGUAAUGGCAGAAGGCUAUCCUGGAGAGAUUCCUGACAACAUGAGCAAGAAGACAAGCCAUGGUUAUGGACACCAAGAUCCCAGCAAAAAGCAACUGAGACUUGUCCUGGUGGGUAAAACAGGAGCUGGGAAAAGUGCCACAGGGAACAGCAUCCUUGGAAAACGAGUAUUUGAGGCAAAACUAGCAGCAAAGUCAGUGACCAAGAAAUGUGUGAAAACAAGCAGAUUGUGGAAUGAGAGAGAAAUUGUGGUUGUGGAUACUCCUGGGAUUUUUGACACUGAUGUGUCUGAUGUGGACACAUCAAAGGAGGUCAGCCGCUGCCUCAUUAUGUCCUCCCCUGGGCCUCAUGCCAUCAUCUUGGUGGUCUCACUCAGUCGUUAUACCAAGGAGGAGCAAGAUGCAGUAAAAAAGAUUCUGGGAAUUUUUGGUUCCAAUGCUAAGAAAUAUAUGAUCCUUUUAUUGACCAGGAAGGAUGAUUUGGAAGGCACUGAUUUGAAUCAAUACUUAGAUGAAAGUAGGAAUGAAGCUUUGAAAGACCUGAUUGGCCAGUUUGAUGGAAGAUAUUGUGCAUUCAACAACCGGGCAACUGGAGAUGAGCAGGAGGCCCAGGUAACAGAGCUUCUGAGCUUGGUUGAGCAAGUAGUACAGAAGAAUGGAGGCUCUUGCUAUACAAACCAGAUAUAUAAACUGACAGAAAAGAAGAUUCAGAAAGAAACUGAAGCAUUGCAAAGAUCCUACAUGCAAGAACUGGAAAGACAGAAAAAGGAAAUAAGGCAGGAGUACGAAGAGGAAAUCAGAAACUUAAAGGAUGAACUAGAGCGGAAAGAAAGAGAAAAAAACAUGUAUAAGGCUCUUGCAGAAAAAGAAACUUUGUAUUCAAAUUUGCAAAUUGAUGCCAGAAAUGAGGUUAUGAACCUUAAUGGGUUCUUUGAAAGUUUCCUGAAAAUCUUGGGAGUGGCUUCUGACAUAAUUAAAAUUAUAUUUAAGGACUAAGGAACUUCGUAACACUAUUUUAUGCUUUCUGCUACUUUUCCAGCUUUUUCCUUCUCUGUUGGUUAUUGAUGAAUACUCAGGCAUUGCAAGUCCAUCCUACCACUCACAUCUCCAAGAAUAAAGACAGUUGCAAACUUUUGAUCAUAAGAACUACACUAAUAUUUAAUAACUAACAUUUCAGUCUGAAAAUAAAAGGACAGAUUAUUUUCCUGUGAAAAUCCAGAAAAGGAAAUUCUAACUCAUUCUGAACUGGAAAUUUUCCUUCCAAGAUCCAGACGAGGUAAAAAGAAACAAUGGUCAAGCAAGUAAAAGGGUUUCAAUAUUUCUCUAUCCUCUCCUCCCUAGAAAGGGAAUGUAUUCUCUAUGUGGUGACUCACUCACAUUUCAAUUGUUGUCAUUACCAAGCUAGUAUUUGUGUAGGAAUUUAGGGUUUGUUGAACACUUUACGUAAUGUUUACUUACAAACACGUAGUUAACACAGAAAUCGUGUCAUCCGAUUUGAUCCUCAACAUAACCCAGUAAGAUAGAUACUAUUAUUAUCUACAUUUUAUCAAUAAGGAAAUUAAAUUUCAGAAUCUAAGUGACUUGCUCAUGAUAACAGUUAGUAAGUGCCUGAGGCAAGGUUAGAAUUCAAGACUUCCUUUCUCUAAAUCUGACACUCUACCCACUACACUACCUACUUGCCAGUUUCACAUCGGCCAUUGUGUCCUUGACAUUCAUCUUAACCAAAUAGUAUUUGUAGAGGGAAGAGAUAAAAUCUUGUUAUCUUCAUGGUUCCUAACCCUAAGCUGGAAUUGCACACAAGUUUUCUGCUUCAUAGUGAUCCACUCUCUCUCUCUCUCUCUCUCUCUCUCUCUCUCUCUCUCUCUCUCUCUCUCAUUACCUGCUCAUUUAAAUUGUCAGAAUUCCGUGUCAUUGACUGUCAUGUUACUAGCCAUUGUGAUAACAGUUCAUUUAUGUAGCUCUUUAAGAUUUACAAAAAACUUUCCUCACAGCAAAUCUCUGAAAUAAUAUUGCAGGUGUUACUCUUAUUUUACAGGUGAGAAAAUUGCAACUCAGAAAGAAUUGGCUUUUCCCAUUGAAUAAAAGUUGUUGCUGUCAGGAUUAGAAUACAAACCUGGCUUUCUUCUGAUUUCAAGUCCAGUGCUCUUUUUACUAUACCUCUUUCGCUAAAUAAUUGUUUACUGAACAUCUCACAAUUCAAUCUCUCCUGUGCCAAUCAUUCACAGUAUAAUUAUGGGGCAAGGGGUAUGUUAAAUCCUUAUCAGUUCAUAGGCACUGAAAGACUCUGACCCCAUGGAUGAGACAAUGUGGUUUAAUGUGUUCAUUUUACUCUGCUAGUUGAACUGCAUGAUUUUAAUACAAUUUGAUAUUUCUGAUUUUUCCAGGCUUUAUUUCUGCUCUUUAUUGAUAUGGGGAAAAGAGAGGGAAGCAAAAGCACCAUAAUACUUGGCAAAUGCGGACAGGUGUUUUUUUUUUUUGGUAAAAAAAGAAAACUUAGGGGUGUUUCUGUGUGAAUUGGUUUCUACCCCAUUAUCUGGACCUGUUCAAUGAAGUUCUUCACAAUUUGUUCCCAGAUCUUCUUUGGACUCAUCUUCAACUGAUCACCCCACAUACCAAGUACUCUACUCUCUCAUAUCAGGAUAACUCAUAUCCCUUGCCAAAUAAGUAGCUGAAUAUAUGUGGAGUGGAGCAAAAGAUGUCACCUUUCAUUUCCCCACCUUGCUCCACACAUAGACACUCCUUUCUUGUCCUUAGAUCAGCAAGAUACACAGAACAUGUAUAGAAACAGAUGAGCUUUUUUGUAGAAUGAUCACUGUCACUUUAAUAAAAUCAGCCAAGUUGGGUCCUUGCCUCCCAGAAGAGCUCUGUUUGUCUGCGGAAGUCCCUGUAGGUUACAUCUCCCUGGUUGAGAGAGAGAACCUUUAAGAUCAGAGAAAAUGCUCUGUAAAGUUUUCUCAACUCCUCGAUGUCACUUCAUGUUCUCAACUGAAGUCCCAGGGACAUUUCCAACUUCUACUGAUGAUAAGAAGCUUUAAGGAUCUGUUAAUGUACCCCCUUAUGACUCCUAAAUAUGUCUUGGACAAAGUCCUUUGUGUUAAAUUUUGCACUUUUAACAUGUUACCCAUGUUAUAACUACAGAAGAUUAUCUCUAUGUGUGAGCUACAUACAGCCGUUGGCUCGAUAUAGCCAUGGUCUAUACACCUUCUAGCUAUAACUUGCUUCAGGCCUGGAGAGCAGGUCCCUUAACACAUACCAUCCCUUUAGGGCUGUCCCUAGAUGCCAAGGGGAUAACUAGCAACCUUCUGCUAGGACCUCAGCCUGCCAGUGCCAGGAGGGGAUUGGGAGAGUAGCUCCAGAAUCUAUAUGUACUGCAUGUGGAACCUCGUCUGAAAUAAACAUGGAGCCCGUUGACUUUGUGGGGACCAGCUAAAGAGAUUCUCUACCCAGGACUUUUGUUAUUGUAGACCCUAGUUUUCAGGAAUUUUUUCCCCUCUCUUUUCCUUUAGAUCAUAAUUGUACAAAUGGGUUUUCUAGAGUGUUUUCUUACAUAAAACCAAUUUCUUUGUCAUAACUUUUGCUUGUUUGAAUGUUUAUUAUGAACAUCUAUUAUAUGAUUGCACCAAGUAUAAGUAUCACUGCUAACAUAAGCAAAAUAAAUUUAAAUACCUAAAAUACUAAUGGCUAGAAAUUCACCUGAAGCAUGCUAUGGGAGCUCACGAAUGUUUCCAUAUUUCUUUGGACUUUAAAAAGGACCUAGAAUACUUUCAUUAUUAUAACUUGAGUCCAGAUCAAGAGUGGAGAACCUGUCGCUUUAAGGCCAUAUGUGGCCUUCUAGGU